AUGAGUUCGAGCCAUUUCUGUUCAGUCGCCUUCCCUGCUGUCUUGAUCCUGGAGCUCAUGAUCACGAGCUUCGCUUCUUGUAGCGCUCCAGGGAAUGAGACCGAUAAAAUUGCUCUGCAAGAGUUCAGGUCCCUCUUAACAGAUGAUUCUGCAGGAACCUUGGCCUCCUGGAAUGAUUCCCUCCAUUUCUGCCGAUGGACUGGAGUCACUUGUGGUCUCAGACACCAACGGGUCACCGCCUUGAACCUAGAUGGACGAGAUCUGGCUGGGACCGUGUCCCCUUAUAUCGGAAACCUUUCCUUCCUCCGAUACCUGAACCUCGCAAACAACUCUUUCCAUGGUUUCAUUCCUCCUGAAAUCGGGCGCUUGUUCAGGCUUGAAAACCUGAUCUUGAGCCACAACGCCUUAGGAGGCAGGUCAAAACCAGCUGACAGGUGGCUUCCCUCUGCCCUUUACAACUUGUCAUCCCUCAAUACCAUAAGUUUGACCCUAGGCCUGUUCUCUGGUAGUAUCAGGAGAGACAUAGGCCUUCUGCUUCCAAAUCUGCAAAUUUUAUAUCUGGCAGUUAAUCAGUUCACAGGUCCCAUUCCCGAUUCACUCUCCAACGUCACGAACUUAGCAGAAAUUGAUUUCUAUGGCAAUAACUUCACCGGACAUGUCCCGGCCAGCUUUGGAGGGCUUCAAAACUUGAGCUGGCUCGGCCUUGGGUUUAAUUUUCUCGGAAGCGGCGCAACUGACAGUCUAAGUUUCCUUGCUGAUUUGGCCAACUGCAGCAACCUUGAAAUGCUGGAUUUACAACAUAACCAGUUCAAAGGCGAGCUGCCUGUUUCUGUCGGUAACUUCUCAACCCAACUGGAGAGGCUACAAUUGUCGACAAACAGAAUUCGUGGGAGAAUUCCUGAAGCAAUUGCAAACCUCUUUAGUCUACAUCUAUUAUAUAUGAACGAUAACAUGCUGACAGGCAACAUUCCAAUGUCUAUUGGGAGGCUAUCAAACUUGCAAUAUCUGAAUUUGGGCAAAAACAAGUUGACUGGACACAUACCUUCGACCAUGGGUAACAUCACCGGUCUGAUAAGGCUAUACUUGUACAACAACAGCUUAGAAGGAAGCAUACCUUUGAGCCUCGGCGACUGCAAGUCCCUGCAAGAUCUUGUCCUCUAUCAUAACAAAUUCACCGGGACCAUUCCUAGCCACAUGAUCAGACCGUCCUCCCUCAUAAUAUUUUUGGAUGUAUCUCACAACUCUUUGUCUGGGCCCCUGCCACCCGAUGUUGGAAACUUAAAGAACCUCAUUUCUCUCGACGUUUCAUACAAUCAAAUUUCAGGUGAGAUUCCUACAACUUUGGGCAACUGUUUGGGAUUUGAAGAGCUGUAUAUGCAGUCGAACCAUUUUCGAGGACCCAUUCCUCAGUUCAAGGGGUUAAAAGGAAUCCGUUUUCUCGACCUUUCCAAUAACAACCUGACAGGGCAAAUCCCAGAGUUUUUAGUUAACUUGUCGUCGUCGCUGCAAUUCUUGAAUCUGUCUUUCAACAAUCUCGAAGGCGAAGUACCUGUACGUGGGAUAUUUGGAAACACUAGUGCCUUCGAAGUUGACGGCAACCGAGAGAUAUGUGGGGGCAUACCUGAACUGCGUUUGCCUUCAUGUCCAGCAAAAUUGUUCCCAAGAUCGAUGAAGCAUAGACCUUCGAAGUGGGUGGUGGACAUAAUCAUUUGUGCUUCUUGUGCAGUGGCAUUACUGUCCUUGAUAUCUCUAUUCUGGUUGAGAAACUCGAAGAAGGAGCAUCUGCCUACUCGCUCCUUUGGCCAUUUUCACGAGAGAAUUUCCUAUGAUGCUCUAUUCAAAGCUACCGACGGAUUCUGUUCAAGCAAAUUGAUUGGUUCAGGUAGUUUUGGCAAUGUGUACAGAGGAACUCUUGGUCCCGACGGAAAAAUCGUGGCCAUUAAGGUUUUGAAUCUCCAGCAGAAAGGAGCUUUCAAGGGCUUCUUGGCCGAAUGCAAAGCACUCAGCAGCAUUCGGCAUCAUAACCUUGUUAAGAUCUUGACUGCUUGUUCGAGCAUCGACUCCCAUCGUAAUGAGUUCAAAGCCUUGGUAUACGAGUUCAUGGUAAACGGCAACUUGGACAUUUGGUUGCACCCCAACGACGAACACAUGCAAUUCAAACCUUUGAGCUUCCUGCAAAGAUUGAACAUCACAAUCGAUGUGGCCUCUGCUUUGGAUUAUCUUCACCACCAGUGCCGAACUCCAAUCAUCCACUGUGAUCUGAAGCCAAGCAACAUUCUUCUCGACGAUGAUUUCACAGCUCAUAUCAGUGAUUUUGGAUUGUCGAGGCUCAUUUUCAAUUCUAACAAAGACAUCUUUUCGAGUCAUCUCAGCUCCUCUGCUUUUAAGGGAACCAUGGGUUACAUUGCUCCAGAAUAUGGAAUGGGCGUUCGUCCAUCAACAAGUGGGGAUGUGUACUCUUUCGGAAUUCUCUUGUUAGAGAUGUUCACUGGAAGACGGCCGACAGACAACAUAUUUAAAGAGAAUUUUAACCUUCAGAAGUUUGUCAAGUCAGUAUUGUCAAAGCGAGCAAUGGGGAUUUUGGAUCAGUCAAUUUUCUGUGGAGAAGUAGGCGAAAGCAUGGACGAGGAGGGGAUAUGGAGAGACUGUGGAACCGACCAAGCCAAAUGUCUGAUAUCGGUUUUCGAGAUCGGAUUAAUUUGCUCAGCAGAAUCGCCAAAAGACAGGAAGGACAUGAAUGGAGUUGCACGGGACUUGCUCUCAAUCAGAGACAAGUUUCUCAAUACCGGCAUCCAUGAGGAUAGAAUACAGAGCCCUGCACCAAGGGACAGGUGCGAGGUGGCGGCCUGUUCCACCUCCGGUUUUUGAGUGGGACGGGGGGAAACUGUAAAUAGAGGCGGGCACGACAUAGCUUGUUAGAGCCAGGCGGCUCUUUCCAUGUCAAUGGCGGGCUAGCUUGGGCAUCCGCGAAGUCCUUCGUCCAUAACUGAGCUACCAGGGAGGGCCUUGGACUUUGAGGGGCUUCAGCUUGAUAGCUGGUGAGCCUCGGAACCAGCAGCUUCUGGUUGGUCAGCAAGCAAAACCAGCACGCUCUGCAUAAUAAAUAAAACAUGGACUUCGACUAUUCCUAUGGUUAUUUCCCUGUUAUGAGACAUCUCUAUGUACUUGGGUCCGGUCACGUUCUUGUGAGAUCCUAUGAAACCGUCCAUCAAGAACGAGAACCUUCCGAGAGUCCUCGAGGCUGUGACGGAAGGUCUCCAUGCACUGCCGUAAUGUAUGAAUGGAUUUCCUUCUUAUGUCCUC